AAACGGCCAGGGAAUAUGGUUAACGCUUUUGUUUUGUUCUGUUUGUGCUUGUGUCGUCUGGUUGAUGUGACCGAUGCAGUGAGGAGAAUAUCAGUGAUGAAGGGAAAUUCUGUCACUCUAAACACUGAUGUUACUGAAGUACAGAAAUAUUUGUUGAUACAGUGGAUGUUUGAAAGCACAAGAAUAGCUGAAUUUAACAGGCUUACGCAAACCAUCUCAACCUAUGAUAGUGCUGAUGGAAGAUUCAGAGACAGACUGAAACUGGGUCUGACUGGAUCUCUGACCAUCACAAACACCAGAACCACAGACUCUGGACUUUAUCAACUCACAAUUGGCGGCGAAGAGACCAAAUACAAGAGUUUUAAUGUUACAGUCUAUGAGACUCCACGAAAUUCUUUAUCAUCAGAAAGUUCAUCAAGCUCAAAUCGUGUGACAUCCAGCUCUGUGGUGAACAAUUCAACUGUCAAUCAAACUGAGAAUAACAACUAUACUGAACUCCAUCAGCCAAGUUCAGACAACAUCCACUGUUGUAGUUUCACUGAAGCUAUGAUCCGAUUGGUUCUCUCUGCUUUGUUGGGCGUGGCUACAGUUGCUGUGCUGGUUUAUGACAUCAGAUCAACACGAAGUGAACUGAUCAGAACAGAAGAGACUAAACAUUACCAUCAGACUCUUGUAAAAUCAGACCAACAGUAUGAAUUGAGCAGAAGGAUGAGUUCCAUAUAUGUCCAGAUAUAAAGCAAAACAUCAACUGAUGCUGUGCACCUUUCCUGUUCCUUGCACAGCUAUUAUAAGCUCUCAGUAUCCUUGAAAUGAAUA